CUUUCAUAUGGAGCAUCAGAUUAUGGUUAUGGUGAUUUAAGCACAUUAGGAUAUGCUGGUGAUUACGGUUAUUCAUCAAUAAUAGGUGGUGGUGGUUAUGGUGGUGGUUAUGGUGGUGAUAUUAUUUAUACUGGAAGUGGUUAUGGUGGUGCUGGUUAUAAUGCAUCAUUAUACGAUUCAUCAAUUAUCAAUGCUGGUUUAGGUUCAGUUAACUAUUUAUCUACACCACAAUGGACUGGUUAUCAACGAUAUGCAACCGACGCUCGAGGUCUCUAUCAAGAUCCAAACCCACAAAUUAUACGUCGUCCAGCACCAGGCGGUGGCUUAACUUACGCACAAAGAAUUCGACUUCGAUUUCUUCAACCACCACCUGUUCCACCACCAGGCCCACUGAUCAUUAAAGAAGUACGACCACCUCAACCACCGCCACCAGCUCCACUUCGUAUUCGUCAACGAGCUCCACCUUUCCCUCCACCACCUCCAUUGAUCUUACGUGAACGACCACCAAUUCCACCACCUCGUAUUCUUCCUCAAACUGUUAUUCGGCGACUACCUGCUCUUCCUGUUCCACCUCGAUCAGUAAUUGUCGAACGUUUACCACCACUUCCACCUAAACCUCGUGAUAUUAUCCUUGAACGAUGGAUUCAAUAUGGACCACAACCUAGACGAAGAGCAAUUGUUCAACGUGCACCACCAGUUCGGCCAUAUCCAAUACCACGUAAUAUUGUCAUUCAAUAUGAACGUGUUCCAGCGCAUGUCGUUCGACAAUUUCAACAUCUUGGCGUUGUUCAAGAAAAUCCAGCAUUAUAUGUUCAACGUUAUGGAGCAUCACUUUUGGAUGCUUAUUCAUUGGUACAAAUGGCACGUGCUGCUGGUGUUAUUGAAAAUAUUUCACCACCUGGUUUCGUUGGUUCAUUGGCUGGUGACUCCUCUCAAUUAUUAUUAUCGGGUGGUAAUCUUGGUUAUGACAUUACCAAUGUUUUUGGAGGUUAUAACACUUUUGAUACUGGCACAAUUGGAUUUAAUGAUAUUGGAUCCUAUCAAUCGUCAUAUUACACAGGUGGUACUGAUUUUUCAACAUUUGAUGCUGGUUUAGGAACUGCUGAUCUUCUCGGAUCAGAUUUUAGUGGAAUUAGUUCGUAUGAUUUAUCAUCAUACAAUGUAUUAAAUAAUGCAACAAUUGGUAGUACAGCAUUUGCUGCUACACUUUAA